AUGCCAGACGGAAUCCCCUCACCUCUGAAGCCCGAAAACUAUCCCUAUCAACUGGGCUCCUUCGGACGACCUAUCUCCACCAAAAGCCCUGAAGCUCAGAUUUGGUUCAACCGCGGUUUGACAUGGACAUAUACGUUCAACCAUGAACAAGCCAUCUACUGCUUUGAACAAGCGAUUGCCCACGACGCAACUUGUGCUAUCGCCUACUGGGGCAUAGCAUAUGCUAGUGGCCCCAACUUCAAUCGGCCGUGGGGCGCAUUUGGGCCAGAACUACCAAGUGUCAUAAAGCAAAAGGCUCUUAUUGCCGCCAUUGCAGCUCGCUAUGAUAGCGAUGAGGUUGCUGACCUGAAGCAAUAUGCGCUCCAAGAUGUCACUUACGCUGAUGCCAUGGAGCUCGUGUAUGAUGAAUUUGAAGAUGACUUGGAUGUGGCCGUUGUCUAUGCCGAUGCGGCCAUGAAUCUCUCUCCCUGGAAGCUCUGGGACCUAGUUUCUGGGAAACCAAAUCCGGGCACGCGGACUCUAGCAGCAAAAGCAGCUCUCGAAAAGGCUCUUGGCCAGAAAGGCGCUUACCAGCACCCCGGUCUGCUGCAUAUCUACAUCCAUAUGGUGGAGAUGUCACCCAAUCCAGAGCAGGGUCUGGUAGCAUCCGAUCACCUACGCAAUUUAGUCCCUGAUGCUGGACAUGUCCUGCACAUGCCAUCUCACCUCGAUGUCUUGGUGGGCGAUUAUCGAGCAGCCAUCAUCGCCAAUCAGCGGGCCGUCGUUGCCGAUAACAAGGCUGUUGCCUUGACCGGUGCAGCUAACUUCUACGCAGUCUAUCGCUUGCAUAACUAUCAUACGCUCAUCUAUGCUGCGAUGUUCGCGGGUCAAAAGCAAACCGCGCUCGGUGCUGUUGAUGGAAUGGAAAGGAGCUUGCCGCGAGAGCUGCUUCUUACACUGGCAGAUUAUCUGGAGGUAAUCUUAUCUGUGCGAUCUCAUGUGAUGGUGCGAUUCGGCAUGUGGAAUGAAAUUAUUGCUCUCCCUGUUCCCGAUGACCCUGUGCUUUACAGUGUUACCACUGCAACCAUCCAUUACGCCAAGGGUGUUGCGUACGCGGCGAUGGGCAAUGUUCCUGACGCUGAGCGACAGCGGGAGCUAUAUACCGAGGCAGCGAAGAGGGUGCCAGAGACCCGACUCAACUACCCCAACAAAUGCGUCGAUAUUCUAGGCAUCGCGAGUGCUAUGUUAGACGGCGAAAUUGAGUACCGUCGAGGCAACUACACAAAGGCAUUCGAGCACUUGUCACGCGCCGUCGAGCUUGACGAUAGAUUGGGUUACGGUGAACCAUGGAGCUGGAUGCAGCCUGCUCGCCAUGCACAUGCUGCAUUAUUGCUGGAGCAAGGGCACGUUGAGGAUGCCGCGGCGGUGUAUCGCAGUGAUCUGGGGCUCGAUGACUCGGUUAUUCGCGCGCGCCGGCACUAUAACAAUGUUUGGGCGCUGCAAGGGUAUCACGAGUGUCUGACUCGGCUAGGUCGGACCGAAGAAGCCAAUAUGAUUCAGCCACAGCUGCAGAUUGCUUUGGCUGUUGCUGAUGUUCCUGUGAAAUCAUCGUGUUUUUGUCGACUGGACACGUCUGAGGCACCGAGAAUGAAAAACGCUUGUUCGUCAGGAGGCUGUCAUUGA